AUGGGCGCGUCGCAGUCGAGCCUUGGCGCGAAUGGUUCGACCAUCGGUCCGGGUCUAGGCGACAUUCCGGAGAGCUGCGUGGCGUGCGUGUUCCUCUACCUCACGCCGCUGGAGAUAUGCAACCUCGCGCGCCUCAAUCGCGCGUUCCGUGGCGCUGCCUCCUCGGACUCCGUCUGGGAGGCCAAGCUGCCAAGAAACUACCAGGAUCUGCUGGAUCUGGUCCCGCCGGAUCUCCACCGGAAUCUCACGAAGAAGGAUAUCUUCGCACUACUCUCGCGGCCCCUGCCCUUGGACCACGGCCACAAGGUGGGUGGUGCUCUUCAGGAAGUGUGGCUGGACAGGGUCACGGGAAGGGUUUGCAUGUCGAUUUCGGCGCGGGCUAUGGCGAUUACAGGAAUUGAUGACCGGAGAUACUGGAAUUGGAUUCCUACUGAAGAAUCUAGGUUUCACACUGUGGCAUAUUUGCAGCAAAUAUGGUGGUUUGAAGUGGAUGGAGAGGUAACGUUUCCAUUUCCUGCUGAUAUUUAUACUCUCUCCUUUAGGCUUCACCUUGGACGGUUCUCGAAAAGGCUUGGUCGGCGUGUUUGCAAUUAUGAACAAAUCCAUGGCUGGGAUAUAAAACCUGUGAAAUUUGAGUUGUCUACUUCAGAUGGUCAGCAAGCAUCAUGUGAAUGCUGUUUGGAUGAAACUGAGAUUGAUGACCCAUAUGGAAAUCAUAAGCGUGGAUACUGGGUAGAUUACAAGGUGGGUGAGUUUAUUGUCAGUGGAUCAGAGCCUACAACACAAGUUAGAUUUUCCAUGAAACAGAUUGAUUGUACUCAUUCCAAAGGUGGGCUUUGUGUAGAUUCUGUGUUUAUUAUACCAAGUGAUUUGAGAGAGCGCAAUAGAAAAGGCAUUUUGAAAUAG